AUGACGCGCCCCUCGUCGUCGUCGGCGUCGUCGUCCUCGUGGCGGGCGGCGCUCAAGGGGCUCGACGCGUACCCCAAGACGAUCGAGGAGUUCAAGGUCCGCACGCUGCAGGGCGGCCUCUUCUCCCUCGCUGCCGUCGCGUGCGUCUCGCUUUUGCUCGUGUCGGAGCUGCGCUUCUACUUCAGCACCGACACAGUGGACAAAAUGGUCGUGGACGGCGGCCGCAACCACCCGAUGGCCAUCCACUUUGACGUGGAGUUUCCGUCGAUGCCGUGCGCGAUCGUCGCGCUCGAGUCUGCGGACAUGGCGGGCAGCGUGCACCACGACAUUGAGCACGACGUGGAGAAGACGAGGCUGGACCGACAGGGACUGGCGCUGGCCGAGGGCGUGCGUGGCGCUAUUGGUGGGGCGCUGACCAACAGCACGGACCUGCACGAAGAAGCGGCCAAACCUGCUUGUGGGAGCUGCUACGCUGCUGGAGGACCAGGACAGUGCUGCGACACGUGUGCAGCAGUUGAGGCGGCAUAUGCCCGCAAGGGCUGGUUGAUGCCGAGUCUUCACACGAUCUCACAGUGUCAAGAGGCGGAGGUGGAAAAGGUGCUACGCGGAGAAGUCGACGAAGGGUGCCGGAUCAAGGGCACACUUGUUGUCUCCAAGGUCGCAGGCAGAAUGUACUUUGCUCCGUCCAAGAUUUUUCGCUCGGGGUACUUGUCGUCGCAGGAUCUUGUUGACGCCACGUUCAAAGUCUUUGAUACGUCGCACAUCAUUCACUCGCUGUCUUUCGGCGAAGCGUAUCCGGACAUGAAAAAUCCGUUGGACAACCGCCGGAAGAAUAUCUCCGAGAAGUCGGAACGUGGCUCGUUCCAGUACUUUUUGAAGGUGGUGCCCACGGAGUACACGUUUUUGUCGGCAAGCCGCAUCAUCACGAACCAGUUUUCCGUCACGGAGCAUUUUCACCAGCUUACGUCUACAAGCGACAAGGGUCUGCCGAUGGUUUCGUUCAGCUACACGUUUUCGCCAAUCAUGUUUCGCAUCGAGCAGUACCGUGUGGGCCUCCUCCAGUUCCUCACCAGCGUCUGCGCGAUUGUGGGAGGCGUGUUUACGAUUCUCGGCAUCAUGGACUCGCUGGCGUUUCGCCUUUCGAACAGAACGAGCAGCACGCCGCUGCUCUGA